AUGUACUUCCGAGCAAUCUUGCCAUUUUUAGUUGCGAGUGCAACUGCAACUCAAAACAAACUCCUCCAAAUCCCAAACUCAGAAUUCGGUCCUAAUCCCUCAAAUGUGUCGUUCUACCUCUACAUCCCAACAAAAUUGGCUUCGAACCCGCCUGUGCUGGUAAACCCACACUGGUGCCACGGGAGCGCGCAAGCCGCAUUCACAGGCACGCAACUCGCAACCCUCGCCGAUACGUAUGGCUAUAUAAUGAUCUUCCCGUCGUCCCCCAACACGGCUGAUUACUGCUGGGACGUCUCCUCGCCAGCGACGCUCACGCACAACGGCGGCGGCGACUCACGGGGUAUAGUUAGCAUGGUAGACUACGUUCUCAAGAAAUACAAAGCCGAUCCACGCCGUGUGUUUUCCAUGGGCACCAGCAGCGGCGCAAUGAUGACGAACGUCCUGCUAGGGGCGUAUCCAGAUGUGUUCGCGGCGGGCAGCGCCUGGGCGGGUGUUGCUUUUGGCUGUUAUGCUGAUGCUAAAGGGGGUGUGAAUACAUGGAGCGAUGCCUGUGCUACGGGGAAGGUGGUAAAGAGCGGGGGGGAGUGGAAAGGAAUUGUAGAGGGCGGGUUUCCAGGGUAUAAGGGGUGGAGACCGAAGAUGCAUGUUCUGCAUGGGACGGUGGAUGAGGUGCUUGCGGUGCAGAAUUUGGAGGAGGAGAUUAAAGAGUGGACGGCGGUUUUGGGAUUGGGGAAUGUGACGGCGGUGGUAAGGGAGAAUGAUAUUAAUGCUGGGUGGACGACGCAGAGUUGGAGUGUUGGGGGUGUAGAGAGGUUCCGAGCGACGAAGGCAAAGGGAGUGACGCAUAAUAUUCAGACGGAUGCGGAGACGGUGCUGAAUUGGUUUGACUUGAAGUGUAAGGGUCCUGGAUGCUUCUCGAGACCAAGCAACAGUCGAUUCGGUCGUCGUGCUGUGAUUUGA